AUGAUUAUUAAGUCAAAAGCUACAGUAACAAAGAUCAAGUUACCAUAAUUGGCUAUGAGUCACAUUCGUGAACGAUCUACUCGACAUUCAUAGACAAGAUCCUUGAAUCCCUCUCAAUCUCCAAUGUCUAAAAUUUUAUAGCCAACAACUCCUUUGCAUUCAACUCAUCACAAGAACUCUUCCUAUUAUCAUUAUUCCAGCAUAAUGAAAAUAGAUUAAACCCCUCUCAACGAAGUCGAAAUGUUUAAUUGCUUAUAUAAACCACUCGAUGCUGCCAAGACAACUAAGAAUAAAGAAAGUCCGCUUAAGCGUGUCCGCAAUAGUAGUAAUGAGAACUUUUAGAAUAAUUUUAUGAUAUCUCGAGAUCCUCGCAGAAGUGCACCUGAUUUAGAUAUGUAUCCAAACUACUUGAAAAAGCCUCAGUAAUAAAAUCAAACCAGGAGAAUUGAAAUAAGAGAGAAGAUCAUGGAAAUAUAUCAAUAAGUUGAGAAAUUGCUCCAAAAUCAUAAAGGAUAUGUAAGAUAGGUAGAGAAGAAGCAAGCUGUAAUUACUUUGGUAAAGUUAAGGAAGGAAUUCAUACUUUUAAAUUAGGAUUAUAAUGAUUAUUAUAUUUUACCAAAAGCAGAGCCUGAUCUUGAAUUUAAGAAUAGGAUGGAAAUGCUCAUAAAUUUGUUCUAACCAAAUAAAUUACAAAAGAGCAACCGAAUAAAUCUAUUAUUUAAUUCCGAUGAUUCAUUUAAUACAGCUGAACAAAGUUAGAUAAUGCAAUUAUUGUCUGAUUAAUUUAGUGACUAGGAUUAAUAUAAUACAACAUCUCAGUAAUCCAGUGAGAACUUGUCAGAAGUAUCUGGAACUAUAAGUCAAUCAAAAAGAAAUGCUUAACAACAUAGAACAACAAAAGUGAUAGUGCAAAGAUAAUCAAAGUUAAUUAAUCCAAUUGAGUCAUAAUAAAUUUAAUAAAUACAACUUGAUUCCUAAAAACAGAAACGCAAAAGUAUUAAAUAAGAUUUCAAGGAAUCUAAAACUUAAAUACCUCGAAAAUAUACUAAGUUAAGUCUAGAAGAUAUCAUGGAUACCAAAGAAAAAAAUGCUAAUAUAAAUUAUUUAGAUGAAGGAUAAGAACCAAGUGAAAGUGGCACAGGUAAUAAAGAUACAGAUACAAAGAGAAAAGUAAGAAGAGAGACAAAGGUAAUAAGUAGAAAGAAUGCCAUUUUUGCAGCUAACGGUUAAUAAAUUGAUAAGAAAAAUUAUAGAAUUAAUACUGAUGGAUAGAUGGUCAGUGAUUAAAUGUCUGAUUAGGAUAAAUCUAGUGAUAAUAGAAGGUAAUCUGAAGAAACAAAUAGAAACGGGUUGGAAAAUAGAGAGGAUUUAUUAUCCAAUUAAGAAUAGAUUGAUGAGAUAUUAAAUCAGGUUGAAAAUGAUUUAAUUACUUAUUAGAGAGUGGAUGAAAAUGAUAAUAAAAGAAAGAGAAGUAAGGCUAUGGAAUUCAAUACGGAUUUUAAUCAGCAAGGUUAAAAUAAGUUUUAGAAAUCAUAAACUAAAUAUGAUCAAAACAUUAUCAUUAAAUAAAGUUAAAUAUACAAAACUGAACCAGAGUUUUUGAAUUAAAUCAUUGAUGAAACUGGUUUAAUUGAAGCAUUGUGCAAUUGCUAAUACAUCUAUGAUUCUCGAAUUUUGGAUUUAUAUAGAAUAGACAAAUAAUAUACUACAUGGGAUGAUGAUAUAGAUUAUAUUUACUGUGGAGAAUAUUAAUUCAAAUGA